UUUCAUUCUUUUACUUAGCUUAGCAUUUGCUGAUCUUAUCCAUGGUAUUGUGACAACAUCAUAUCUUUAUCCACCAAUUGUACUCAAACGACAACAUCUACCAUUAUUAUGGAUGAAAAUAUUUAAUGCUAUGGGUUGGAUUGCAUGGGCAAUUACACUCACGUAA